ACCCCGCCACUUCUGUCAGGCCUGCUGCACGCCUUCGCCUCCCCCCCUGGCAGGCAGUGUGCGCGAGGAGUGUGCUAGUGGUUGCGUUCGGGAGUGUGAACUCAUGUAGUGUGCGCUCGUAUGCCUCGAAGCGAAAAUCUUUGCGUGUCCGAGAACUUGCUUGUCGUCGAAAGCGAGGAUCUGUCCGUCUCGUCUCCUGCUGGAGAGGACAGCGCUGCACAGAUGCUCGAAGGUCUCGGUGGCCGCCUCGCUGGACUCUGAUCUCCCGUCGGUGCAUUUUGGUUGGCGAGAGUCCGCGCGCGGCUCAGCGGUCCUUGCAAGAUGAAUAACGAAGGCGUGGGUAACAACAGCCCUCUGUCGACCGACACCCUGAACCUCGGCAUGAGCCCGGGCGUGAGCGAGGUCGUGGGCGUGGUUGGGUCGACGCGGCGCACCUCGCGGGUCUGGCGCUACUUCGGCAUGGUCGACAACUGCCACUACAUCUGCCGCCUGUGCUCCUUCGUCGGUGCCUACACCAACACCACCAACAUGCGCAAGCACAUCCAGCACCACCACCCCGAGCGGUUCCAGGACAUCCUGGACCACACGCGGCCCACCACACGCCCCUUCUACACCAACACGCUCACCCGCAUGCGGCCGCCGCAGAACUUCCCCGUCGCCGCCGCCCAGGGCCCCACGUACCCGCUGGUCUACGCGCAGAGCGUCGCGCCCAAGAGGAUGAUCCUGCCUAAGCCCCCGGAGCUGAACUUCGGCCACGCCCACGGCGGGGGCACGGACCACACUCUGACCCCAACGGUGCCCGCCCAGCCGCCGCAAGUGCCUUCGUCGCAGCACGCCUCCUUGAUCCUGCCGCCCACGCAGGCGCCCGCCACCUCGGGCCUGUCCUACUCCUCCCAGGUGCCGUCAGCCGCCGUGGCCACGCCGUCGGCCUCGCCGGCGCACCCGAACGCGGUGACCGCCUGCGAGCUCAGUCCGGAGGAGUCGAAGCUCGUGAACCAGUUCUUCCCUCCCUUAGGCGAAGCCACCGAGUGCUCAAGCGAUUCGGACACCACGUCUCGAGGUCUCCCGGGCACGGAGGAGAGAGGGGCAGGCGAGUUCGGGCAGGGGGGCGAGGACAUGCCCGUGUCACUGUCCCCGGAGCAGUUCCUGUCGGAGGCCAGCGAGCGGGAACCGACUCCUGCCCCGACCCCCACCCCUCCAAAGCCUGAGAGUUACCAGCUGCGGCAUAACAACCACCUGACGAUCGUGCUGGAGGCCCUCGCUCGCGAUGAAGCCUUCAUGGACGUCACGCUGACCGCCCAGGGAAGGUCUCUCAAAGCCCAUAAGUCAGUGUUGUCAGCUGUCAGCCCUUAUUUCCGGGGAGUGUUGCGGGACAACCCGUGCCAGCAUCCCAUCAUUAUUAUGCCACGGGAUGUUCGCUUUGAAGAGCUUUACAGCAUAGUCAAUUAUAUUUACAAGGGUGAAAUGACAGUAGCAGCAGAAGAUCUGACUUCGUUACUGAAGACCGCUGAAAUUCUCCAAGUGUCAGGCCUGGCACCUUCGGAUUCGACGGCAACGGUGAACCCCAGCACAGAAUCUUGCGCUACCGGCAAUGUCCGGUCUUCUUCUGCCUCCUCAUCCUCGUCGUCUUCCACCCACCCGCCCGGGGCAAGAACAGUGAGGCCCCCCAAGGCAACUCCUCAGGGAGUCGCCACACCACCAGCCAGACCCAAAUCUCGAGACUGUAUGAUAAACCCAACAGAUUUCAUGGAUGUGGACAUGACUUGUGUUAAGGAGGAAGUAGCAAGUGGAGGCGAAGAAGAGGAGGACAGUGCAAAUAACGAGGUUGCCAUUCCGCCCCCGGCAAACGAAAAUGGAAAGCAAGACGAGCCCCAGGAAACAAGAAACAGUUCCCCAACUAUAGAGCAUGUACAAGAGACGACUCCAACGGUACCUGUCAGUCAAGUCCAAGAACCCACGACCACAGCAGACCCGACCAUAAAAUCGGAGCCCGGAGGUUCUGUAGAUCACCCCCCUGCCAGCAUUGCCCCUGAAGACCCCAUACCGUUCAUGUGUCCCCACUGCCAAGAAAUACACAGAAGUAAUGAAAUGAUAAUGUCACAUCUCAGACUGAAACAUCCAAGUAAGCCCAGUUUUGUUUGCGGAUGUGGACGCGUGUUUGUUCGGCAGCUCCAGCACCAAGCCCACACAAGAGUAUGUUCUAGUUCAUCUUGAGAUCUUGUUGCUAUCACU